GCCUGAUCAAAUUUCACUUGCAGGCUAUGCCACCGCCCUCAAAAAAUUGAAAAGAAAGCGAGACAUUCAGGUGAAAUCGUUCGUGUUUUAGCCAAGAAAAGUGGGAAAAUCGGCGCUCGAUCGCAGCGGUAAGUGUUCAUUAUUUAUCUCCAGGUUCUCUCGAAGCGCUGGGACGUGUGCGAUUUCGCGUAGAACUACGAAAAGCUCGUUUCAAAGCGCCUUCAAAUCGAAGCGUCCAUAAUUGAUUUUACUGUUUACAUCGCCUCUUGUGUAAGACAACGAGUCGUUUCAAGAUCUCGUUACAGAUUUAACCGAUCUUCCUACGAAAUAUUGUACACCAGAGAACGCUUUUUACAUAUAUGAACUCAAGAAAAUGUUCAAAACCUUUUAAAGACGAGAAUUCUGUGCUUAUUGUUGUGUACCAGUUUAGCGACUAUCAACAUUCUUAUUUUAACUGCGCGUUAACCGCAAAUUUUGAAUGAAAUCGCUCGAUUUUUUUUGUUCUUUGCCACGUUAACAGGUCGGAUCUUAUACGUCUGAAAUUAUUGGGAUUUUAAAAAACAUUUUUAGUGCUUAGAAUCACAAAAUUAUAAUAUACUUUUGAACACGUUUGAAGCACAAAUCACCCCAAUAUAAUGUAUGUAAUAUUUAUACUAAAAUACCCUCAAAAACUACGGUUCUCUUUUCUUUAUAAGUAACUAGGUCAUGAACACGAAUUCCAGUAGACUGUCGUUGGGUUUUGCUUUUAAAAUUUCUGGACAAAUAAGGUUUGAAUCAAGUGUUUGAAAGAAUUCUAGAUGUUUUGCUAAACGGAAGCUGCAUGUCUAGUGACUCUGUAUAAUGCCGGAUAUAUAUUAAAUAUGUGCCGUUUUAGGUUCUGAAAUAGCGCUCUCUUUCAUAAAAGUAUAAACGGAGGCAUUUUUUAGCAUAUCCUGAAAGAAUAUAGUUUUUCUUUAUCGUAAAACCUUAUCAUCAUAUCAUUUAACUGACACUUUGAAACCUUCUAAAUUGAAUGUUGAUUUUAAUAAUCCUAAGGAAUGCAAAAACUGCAUUUUUCUUUCCCAUCAUAAAACUUUGAAUACAUUUUAUUUGAGGGGCUGGUUAAUAUUUAAACCAGCCUCAAAGUUAUUAAAAUGUAGCGAAUGCUGUCUGUGGUCGUCACAGUCGAAAAUCUCUAGUCUUGCACAAUAAUGUUGUUGCCAAGUUUUGUAAUAACACCUUGCAAUAUAAUUUGAAAAGCUCAGCAAUAUCUGACUGUCUAUUUUGAGAUUGGUUCUUUUUGUAUAUAUAUAAAGGGUCACAUAUGUUGUGCUCCAUAAUGUCUUCGUUAACACAUGUUGUGGACAAGUCACAAGUGUUUGACACAUUAUUUACCAAAGCCUGGGUGAAUUAAGGUGUAUGUGUGUAUUUAUCAAGGUAAAUAUAUAUAAGUGAACCAAUAUAAUGCAAAGAUUAAAUGUUUUUUGAAGUUAAUUAAGGCCUAAUUCCAGGACGAGCGAGAUGAGAAACAUUUUGCACGAAAAGGUUGAACGCAUGCGCAAAAUGGAGUGUUUCUCUGCAAAAUAUUUCUCUUCGCCUGGUAGUUGAAUUUGUUUCUACUCUGUUGCGAAAUGGAAAUAGCGAAGCCAAUCAAAUGCUUGUGUUUUGGAUGACAAAAUAGCGAAGCCAAUCAAAUGCUUGUGUUUUGGCGAUUUUUUCUCUACUUUGGAAAUCACUAUGAGAGAAAAUUUUUGCACAAGUGAAAAUUUGAUUAGUUGAACAUAUGAUUAGAAAAUAAGUCUGGGAAAGUGAGCUAUUUUGUGAACACUUUUAUUUUUGUGGCGUGUUUUAAAAUACAUCGAAAGUUCUGAUACACUUCAUGUAACUUCAAGUUCAAACACAUACAACUUUGGAACAAACGGUCCGUAGAUGUAGUGUAACAAAGUUUAACAAAGUUAAAACUAAAUGAUUGAUAGCUGGUCUCAAUGUUAUUGUGUGUGAAACAAGGUUUCCUUGAAUAUCAAACAGUUUUAAUUUAGUACAGUCAAGAGAAUACUAAACAUAAAAUAAUUCUGUUCUCUGUCAAAGUGUCAAUUUAUAAUGACAAAAAAAUUGCCGCCGAACUUCGAAAUAUCGGCGGCAAUUUUUUGCCACCGUAGAUUUAUCAAAAUUGCGAGGACUGUUUUGCUUAUCGUAGAAUUAGGUCUUUAGCUUUUCUCACACCACCAUUUUUGGGGCACUGCCUUUUCCAAAUCUGAGAUUGUAUGUAGUGAAUAAGGGAUUUAAAUAUUUUCUGACUUUCAGGUAUUACUGGUUAAUGAACCUAAUUAAAAUACAUAUUCAUGCAUUCUGUUUAUUUAGUCUCAAUUAUAUUUUUCAUAUUUUCCACUUGCAGAUACUAGGGGUUGGUUAGUUCAAAAACUUAAGACUGUAAAGACAAAAAAUGCAGACAAUAAAAUGUGUUGUUGUUGGUGAUGGUGCUGUUGGAAAAACAUGUCUAUUAAUUUCAUAUACAACAAAUAAAUUUCCAAGUGAAUAUGUUCCGACAGUAAGUGACUUUUUAAUCUUUUUGAACUGCAGUAAUAUGAAAGAAAGUUGCUUCAAUCAAGCUGUACUUUGUUAAAGGAAACUUGCAUUUGUUUUUAUAUCUGUUAACCCAUCAAAGCUCAACAAUAAAAUAGCCUGGCCUUAGACAGAGUAAAAUUAUAAAGCAUGAUGCAGCCUAAUGAGUUAAUUAAAGUAUUUUCAAGUGUAUUUAUGUGUGUUUUACAUUGUGGCUCUUGUUCUUCCUAGGUGUUUGAUAACUAUGCUGUAACAGUAAUGAUAGGUGGUGAACCAUAUACCUUAGGUUUAUUUGAUACUGCAGGUAUAUAUUUUUAUACAUCAUUAUAGUUCAUUCAUAUACAUAGAUACAAAAAACAGAUACAUAGUAAAACAGUCAAACCACAUACAGUGUAUGCUUACAAUAGUCGACUUGUUGGGUCUUUUCAGAAAAUAUCCACACUUUCACUAUGAAGGAAAUUGGAAGUUAACUGCCUAUCCCCUUCAGAUGUCCUAGUGCAUUUUACUAACAUCAUCAGAAGUAGAAUUUCCUAUCUUCAGGAAUGAGAUGGUGGAAAUUUCCUCCAUAGGUGGGAGUGUGGAUCUUUUCUGGAAUGACCCAUUAUUUAUUUGUCAUAUAUUACAGAAAUUUAGAGCAUACCCCAACUACAUAAAUAUUUUAUAAAGUGUAUUGGUUGAGCCACUGAAAAUAUACAUUUUGAGGUAUCUUAAAAUAUGAAGUUUUUUCCUGUGGACUGUCAAAAUGUUCACUCAGCUUGUGACAUCAUCUUAUUUACAUAUCAAGUAAACUGUAAUAUCUUCUAACCAAAGAAAGAUAUAAAAAUUUUGUAAGAUGACUUAAUUUUGUUGCCCAUACCCUUGAAUGCUUGCGAAGUACAUCUCUUAACCUAGUUAUCACAAAUUUCCCGAAAUAUGUAUUUAAUUAUCCCUCAAUUAACAAGUAUAUCAUAAAGACCAGUUGUGAGAUUGCUUAUCUUAUCUAUGUAGGUCAGGAAGAUUAUGACAGGUUGAGGCCUCUUUCCUAUCCUCAAACUGAUGUGUUCCUUGUGUGUUUUUCCGUUGUAUCGCCUGCUUCAUUUGAAAAUGUCAAAGAAAAGGUGUGUAUGUUGCAGAUAAGUAUAUUUAUUUUAAUCACUUAGCUGCAUGUUUACAUACAGUUAUUGAGAAAGAUUACCAGAUUGUUAUUGAGAAUAUUCGUCGUGUGAAUCUUUAGGAAAAGCAAACUAUUCAUUAAUUUAAGUUUGUUCAAAGCUGGAUUAGUGCCAGCCAACCCUGUAUUAUAAGUCAACCUGCUGUUUUAGUUUGUGUAUCUUUGUACGUUUGUUUAUCAUUACAAAACUCCAGUCCAGGCAAAAUGUGAUCCACGCAAGAUUUCUAAAGAAAUAUUCUCAAGUUUAUAAACAAGCUGUUCGGAGUUUGCAUUGAAUUUUUGGUUAAGCAAACCAGUUUUCAAACAGCCAGCCCCAGAAAAUUAUUUGUGGCUCUACGCAAUAGACCUUUCCCCUUAUAACUAAAAUUUUGAUCUAGGCAAGUCUAGACAAAUAUUUCAUCACAGCUUGAAAGAGCAUCACAAAAUUAGUAAUAUUCCAAAGUUUCGUUGCGAAAUGUUGUAAAAUGAGGAAAAUAGAGCCUUGCGAAGUUUGCAAUUUUCAGUCAUUUUGCAUUACAAACGGGAAAUUGCAGCCCCAACGCCCGAAUCGGAUGUCAAUUUCCCGUUUGUAAUACAAAAUGACUGAAAAACGGCAAACUUCGCAAGGCUAUAUUAUCCGCAUUUUACAAGAUUUUGCAACAAAAUUUUGGAAUAUUACUAAUUUUGUGAUGCUCUUUCAACCUGUGAUGAAAUUUUUGUCUAGAUCGAAAUUUUAGUUAUAAGGGGAAAGGUCCAUUGUUAUGUAGAAAAUUACUGCAUUCAAGUAAAUGAACAAGCUUUCGUUGGUCCCUAUGCACUGCCUGAAAAUAUAAGGAGACUUUCGAACUACAUGUAACAUGAGCUUUUAUACUGAGCUUUUAAAAUUACAUGAGGUUUUAUACAUAUCUCGCUCUCUACUAUAUAAUAAAUACAGUUAUUACUUAUUCAUUGUAGUGGGUUCCGGAAAUAACGCAUCAUUGCCCCAAAACGCCGUUCCUUCUCGUGGGCACGCAAGUCGAUCUGCGUGACGACGCAACAACGAUAGAGAAACUCGCGAAGAAUCGCCAAAAGCCAAUCACCGUCGAGCAAGCGGAGAAACUCGCGCGCGAAUUACGCGCUGUAAAAUACGUCGAGUGCUCUGCCCUCACACAGAAAGGCCUCAAAAAUGUCUUCGACGAAGCGAUCCUCGCCGCCUUAGAACCGCCCGAGCAACCCAAAAAGAGAAAAUGUGUGUUGUUGUAAGACGUUUUAGAUGUAUGGCUAAAAGCAUGAUUCGCAUUGGAUGUUUCCCUUUCACAAACUGAAGAAAUCUACGAGGACAUGUAUAGGACAAUUGACUACAGUCUUAAUUUAAGAGUAAUUCGGUGAAUAUUUUCUAUAUAUCUUAUUAUGAUUUUGUAUAUCAUUAUUACUGCAUGUUGGUAGGACAAGACGACGAAUGGUUUUGUGCUGUGAGAGAGUAUUUCACAGCCGCGCUUUUUGAAUAAGAACCCGUGGCCAGAAAACACGGACAUGUACUUCGUUAUACUAUUUUGCAUAUCACCCGUAUUAUAUUGCGCGAUGCUGCAUGUAAGUCGCAAAAUCAGAGAAUACGACAGGUCGUUUGCAAUUUGCUUCAAUUGCUGGUUGCGGAACAUACUUUAUAGCAAUAUUUAUUUGCCUGGUGUAAGUUACUGCCUAUUCUGCAUUUUCGUUUGUUCCUAGUGGCAGUAUUGUGGUAUUCUUAUCAACCUCUGUACAAAUAUUGAAAAUACUUCGUCAUACUUCGUCUUGCACCCAGCGAUUGAGGCAAGUUGCAAACGACCUACUUUAUUCUUAGAUUUAACAACGUCGCGUAAUAUAAAUUCACAGUUGAAACCAUAUUUCAACGUGAUGUGCAAAUUACGAAGGAAGUAGAGUACAUUAUGCCCAUAAUUUCUGGCCAUAAAAUAUGCUCUCGUUUCCAGGCUCUUCCUUCUUGUGAGGCCUGGGGAAGAGGUGGUAGGCUAGGUUUAUUUUGUGCAGAACCUCUGUUGCAGAACAGUAUAAGCACACGUAAACAGAUGAUUUUUGGCAAGCACGUCAAGUGAAUUUUAUUCCUCCCCUCUCCCCUUUAUAUACAAUUGAGUGCCAGCUUUUUGAGACAAUUCAAAGAAACCGAUCUGGUCACCUCUGAUAUUUAAAUCUAUACAGUUUCAUAAUAGGCUUGUGAAGCCGAAGGGAUGAUUAACUUAUAUAAAAAUCAAUUGAAUUAAGAUAUUUUUUAAUCUUUGUGUGAAACCUGUAUUGAAAAUGUAUGCAUACGAAGUCGCCCAAUUGUAAUGUGAAAGCUGGUGAUAAUAUAUCUCUAAUAUAUUUCUUGCAUGCCCAAAUGUUUUGUUUACAAUGUGGUCUCGAAAAUUUUUACCCAUGUUUUUGCCGUAAUGGGCUGGUCCCAUUCGCAAAAUAGGCAAAGGCAACUUGACGCAAGGGAUUUAGAACGUGGGUUAGAAAUUCGAGUCCAGCUGGCAUCAAAACAACCCUUCAAUUAACUUUUCUUAAUAACACAAAAUUUGUUUCAAAAAAUAUAUUUAACAGCACUGUUGCCAUUAAUGUACGUAUGGUCACAUAUACGGUCUCUAUGGUAAAUUGCAAUUAACACGCCACAUGACUCGAUAUUGUCUGUAUGUAUUGAUUUCUAGUAUUGUGUACAAAAAUAAGAUAGUUUAAACUUUGCUUUUUGUCUAUUUAGUUGUUUUGUUUUGUUUUUUCCAUCCCGUCCAAACUGUCAUGUGGAAAGCAACAGCGAUAUUAUGGUCAUCAUUUAUGGGGGGCACCGAAGAGAAAAGGGUUGGGUAAUACAAAUUGAUGUCCUAUUUCAAAUCCGAGUUGGUGUUUUAGACGUGGUUUCUAAAUCCUAGUCCACGAACAAUGGCGAGGCGUAGCCGAGCCAUUGUUCGUGGCACUUUGGGAUUUGGAAAGCCAAGUCGUAAAACACCAACGAGGUGUGUGGUAAUGUGAUGAUGUGUGAUAAUGUCAUUUCCAAAGCAUGACUCACUAAAAUAUUGAGACCCAAAAAGAAAAUAUGUCAACGGUCAUAUGUCAAUACAAUAUGUAAACCAAUCAGAAUCGUGCAAUAAUCUUGAUCACGUCAGGAGGCAAAUGGUGUGUCUCCAAAGAAAGUACAUGUGCAGACAACAUGGAAAUAUUUGUGUACAAAGUGUCGCUCCUUUGACAUUACUUGUUCGUAAACGUGUAAACUGUAAAAAUUAGUAUAAAAACUCUAAAAAAAAUUUUUAAAAAAUAUACUCUGUUAAGACAAAAAGACGGUUCUAGCCAGAUAACACUUUAAGUUAGAUUAAUAAACAUGUCAAUGUUAUGCAUGUUAGUAGAAAUAGUUUUGGUGGGACUUAAUUGGAUCUUAUUUAAGAUCUGUUGUCCUUUUCCUUCAAUCAUUUGUUAAUAUAUGUUAUUGAUUGUAAAGUUAAUAAAAAAAAAACUAAAAAAACUUCAGGCUGCAGAAAAUUGCACAAGUAGUUGUAAAACUCGUGUCACAGAAAUAGUAAAGUGUUGACAACUGAAUGAUAUCCUUUGUUCCGUUUGUGGCCAGGGGUGCGCCAUCUUAAGGUUGGGUAAAUUUUUUUGACUUUUUAAUGGUUGAACCAGCGAAAUUUUUACCAAUAAAACAUUUCUCUUCGGUGCCACCCCAGCCAUAAAUAAUGACGGGUCCCUUAUCAGUCCGAAAGCCUUCCAAAUCAUUAUCUUCGUUCCAUUUUCUUUUUCGAUUCAUCAAAUUGUUUGCUGCCAAGAUUGUUGCAGUUGAGGAUGAUUUUGCCAUCACCACCUAGCAUCGAAACAUCGUCCGGGGACGAGCGGUAAUAUUUCCAAAGUCAAGGAAAUGUCAGAAUUUCUCGACGUUAAUGUUUGACUUCAGUAUUUCUUUAUUUCUUCUCAUCGCUGAAAAUCAACUGAAACUUUCCCAGAUUUUCCAAAGGAAUUAUUUUCUCUUUCUUUUUGCUUUUCUCGAACACCUCCAAAACCAGUUCUGUAAAGUGUAACGUACAAGCGAUAAUAGUGAGGUUUACAUUUGAC